AUGGCAAAGAAUAUUGAAUGUACAACUGGCUGCUGGAACAUACCAGUCCUGGAAGAAGCCAGACCGAGUAACGUGACUGUGGCAAGAGUGCGGAGAACCUGGAGCCCGGAUGCCAGGUGGCUGACGUGUGUCCGGUGUUUUCAAACGAGCAGUGUUCAUAUUUUGAAGCCCAACUAGUGUUCCUUUGGUUGGCCUUCAAUCAAAUAGAGCCGUUCACAUCAGUUACUGAAGACAACUGCUGCGCUCGCAGCCCAGAUUGUUCAGUUCAACUUCUCAGACAUUGGAGAAGGGAUUAGGGGAGUAAGCGUUCAAGAAUGGUAUGUAGAGGGAGAUACCGUGUCUCAAUUGGACAGCAUCUGUGACGUUCAAAGUGAGAAAGCUCCUGCUGCUAUCACUAGUGGUUAUGAUGGUCGUCAAAAACUCUAUUAUCAUCUAGAUGAGGUUGUCUUUGUGGGGAAGCCAUUAGCAGAUACAGAGAUGGAAGCUUUAAGAGAUUCAGAAGACAAUAUUGCUGAAACUCCUGUUAUGGCCCAUGACGAUCCCACACAUCCAGAGAUAAAAGGCCCCAAAACACUGGCAACUCCUGCAGUUCACUGCCUUGCAAUGGAAAACAAUACUUAGCAAGCCAUUGGAUCAGAAAACAAUGGCAGGAUUCUUAAAGAUAACCCUUUGGUGAAACAGACUGGCGCUUCUGCCUCCUUCACCGAAAGCAUGCUGUUACUACCACCACCCAAACCAAGAAUAGGGACCAUUUCCAGGCCAAUAUCCAAACCUCCAGUAGUCACAGGCGAAAACAGAAGAGAGCUCGUAAAAAGCUCUCACAAAGCAAUGGUCAAGAUCAUGACUGCAAAUCUUACCAUAGUGAAUGAUGGGCGCUGUGAUCAGGUUGACCUUACUGAACUGGUUAAGUUAUGAGAAGCAUUCAAACCGAUUGUGGCUGCUCAUGGAAUUAAGCUCUCCUUUAUGCCUUCUUUUAAGGCUGCUUCCUUGAGAUCAUUGCAGCCUCCUAUCCUUAAGGUUUCAGUGUCUGAAACCUGCCAGAAAAUAACACUUCAGGCUUCUCAUCAUAUUGGGAGUACACUGGAUUCUGAGCAAGCGUUGACCAACUCAAAUGUGAAAACUGUUCAGAUCUGCUCUGUAUUUGAGAUUGCCAUUACACUGAACUGCCUCCAGGAACUGGGCACUGCAGGUCUGCUAGAGACCGCUGAUCUAACAAGAGGAACACUCCUUUUCCCCAAUAUUGGACCUAAAGGUGCCCAUGCCAAGCCAGUGAUAUUGUCACCUGAAGUAGUAAUUGGGGCUCUUGGAUCAAUUAAGGCCUUUCCUCGAUUUAACCAGAAAGCUCAAGCGUGUAAUGCUCAGCUAAAGAAUGAGAGCUGGUCAGCUGAUCGCAGAGGUACGGGUGGUCCUGUGCUAUCGUUCUCGAAUCUGUGGAAACCCUUUGAAAACCCAGCUUUUAUGCUACUAGAUCUGAAAUGA